UUUAAUAGAAAAGUAUAUCGUGACAUGUAAAUAUUGGCUGCGCAUCAAAUUUUCUUAGCAACAAUAAAACUUUCACUGAAAGCGUUGGUUAGCAACGGCUUCGGUGAGAGAUUAUCUCCUGGGCACCAUAGUUGAGGAUUUUUCAAUUCACUUAAAAUGAGUAUCAACUUUCAUGCCAAUCAGGUAGCAGUCCAUGAAUUUUUUUUACUGUCGAACUGCAUUUUGUCGAAUGCAGAGUCUGAAUAUGAUGAUUGAAUACUAUACUAUACUAUGUAAACUAUGUGAAUGUGACUGUGUCUAUCUACCUUCUAUUCAUUAUCAUUAUUCAAGUCAUACACAGUUGUGAAACACUUUGACUAUAAUUGACUAUUAUUUUACUUUUUUAAUACUCUAAUUUUAGUAUAAGUUAUAUACCCUAACUAUAUUAUAAAUGUUAUAAUUAUACUGUAUUAUUAUAGACACUAUAACUAGAGUAUAGACCAGUGGUUGACAGAUCAGGACUCGCGAACCGCAUGCGGCGCUUUCGCGACCUGAGUGCGGCCCGGCCAUUCGGCCACAAAUCGGUUUGGACUCUGAAAAACAUGGUUCUUGAAAUUGAAAGGUUUUUGAAAAGAAAUUUGACUCUCAAAAAUAUUUUAAACGUCCUGCUGCUAAUUUUUGGCUCUUUGUCUUUAGUCUUUUGACUAAUACUAAUGACUAAUGACUAAUGAGUUUGCAGAGUUUGGUAGGCCAUAUAGACUAUGUAUAGUAUGGCUCAAUGGCUAUGAAGUAUGAAUAUGAAGAAUGAAGGUACUUGUUCUAUAACUAUAAGACUAAACAAGAAAGAGUAUAAAAAUAUAUUUUUAAAAAAACAUGAUAAAAUGUAGAAUCUUAUAUAUGUAUAAUUUGCCAGCGAAACUAGGGCAAGAAGCAAGAAGACGACGAUGCAGGCUAUAUAUAGAUAUGCCAGAGCAAGCAAGAUGCAGGCAAACCCUCCCCUCCCUUCCCAUGCCUGCCCAUCGUUGUGUUAGAGCUACCCCCCUCCUGCACCACCCUCACUUGCCAGCCAUGCGCACACCCCAACGAGCUCGCGGGUAUGUUAAGCCACGGGUCGGCUAUAUUUAUAUAGUUCAUGGGCGUGAAAUAAUAAGUGUGCAGUGUAUCAUGAAGAGGGUGAGCUUAAUCAUGUUUUUUUUCAACUGUCACAACUGUUUUUCAGUAUGAGCAAGCUUUCACACCACAUAGGACACAAAAUUGGGAAGUUCCCAAAAGUGCAGAAGGAAAGGUACAUUUUAAAUUACUUGAUUUUGAUGUGGUAGAUAGUAGGAAUAUGUUGUGUUGGUGUUUAUUUUAAUUUUUUUAAUUUCCAGAUGAAAUGUUACCUUGUGCUAGUUAUCUUUUAUCUAAGUAUAAGUUACAAAUCUAUUCCAUAUAAUUGUUCUGCAUAAUUUUUUUUAAAAGAUGAUAGUUGGUAAAAAAAAUUACCAUAUAUCCCCUAUUCUAUAACUUCUUGUUCAUGAGCCAAUCCCCUACUUUUGACCAGUAAUUACCUAAAAAGUGUUUGAUCUGCUUAUUAGCUGAUUCCAUAAUAAUAUAGUAGUCUUAAAAUUUACUAUCAGUUAACAAGUUUGUGUCAUCCAAGUAUGGUAACUGGUAUUAAGUAUAGUUUAGGUGCUGGUUUAAAAAUUGAGAGUGGCUCUGAACUUUUUAAAAUGGAUUUCAACUGCUGCUGUGUGGAACAAGUUGGGAAUGCAUUGUAAGAAGCCUAACUUGUGACUCCAUUUUGCACAUAGCUUUACGACUUUUGGUGACUUGGGUUAAUUACUAUUUUGUUAACUGUUACUGUUAUCUAUAAUUGAAUCAACGUAUCUAGAGAAAAUUAUUUUAAAAUCUCCUAUGGUCCAUUAAUAAGCCAACCACCCCACUUAUUCCCCUGAAAUAUUUCCCCAAAAGUAGGUUUUAGAACAAAUAUAUAAUAUAAAAGAAUAAUCAAGUGUAACAGAUAUCAAAUUAUAUAAUUUGCUUUUUAUUUUCAUUUUCAAAAUUUAAAAAAAAUUAUCUACAAUUGAAACAUUGGCAUGUUUUACAAAUGGUACUGCAUAACAAUUAGAAAGGUGUUGAUGAUAUUCAACUAUCAGAAUAUUCAUACUCAUACUCUGGAAGAGGCCAAAGAGGAAGAUAGCAAGAAGCUCCAUCUGUUUGGCUGUGUCAUCCAACAUUUUUUGCUACGUUGAAGUUACAUCUCACUCAAGCCUAAAAAAAAAAAAUCAAAUAUUUGUCUGCAAAUUUUCUAUUUUUAAAUCAGAUCUAGGAUACAGUGUCCCUGCUGCUAUAUAACUUUAAAAUACAGUACAAUUGUAUUGGGUAGUGUUUUGUUCUUAUCUUAGUCACAUGCUAUUUGUGUUGAUGACUCAUUCCACCAUGUAUGGCUUUUGCAUGGCAUUGGGCAAGUUAACAUUUACAGUGUUAUGCCCAUUAUGUUGGGCUGUCUACCCUAUGGCCAACCAUUUGUUUUUAAAUUGGUUUCCCAGCCUUAGAGAGUUAAUUAUAUAAACUGUUAUUUGUUUGUAUUUUGCCCAGUAGCAUUUCUUCCAAACCUUUGGAUGUGAUCUACAUCGUUCACUAUAAAGACAUCAGCAAAUUCUAUUUUAAUAGUUACUCACAUAUUUAUACCAGCUUUUUUUUCAUGUUAAGUCUUAUAUCAUCAAUUUUCAGAAUCCUAGACCAAAUCCAGGUUUCACAAGAAUUUUGGCAAAUGAUCGAGGACAUUUACUGACAAAUGUGCCCAAAGAAAGAAGUUCACCAUGGGGAACUUUUGUAGGCACAUGGGAUAUGCCUCUUAGGAUUCCAGGUUGGAAGGAUUUUCAUAUUUAAAAAUUGCUGUUUAUUUUACAUUAAAUAUUUCUGAACCAAUGUUCCCUCUAAACGCUAGAUUUAUCUUGUUCCACUAUUCCCUUCUUUUGUGAGAACACAUAACUUUGCAUACAAUUUUUAUCAGGAUCCAAUUUUAAAUAUAUAUUUGUUUGUAAUAAAAAGUAUUAUUGAUUACAUUUAUUUCAAAGUUAUCAAAUUCUGAAUUAGAAUUCACUUUGCUUAAAAAUUCAUUAUGUAAAAUAAGAGUUAAUAAAUUCAGCCUUGCAUCAGCACAGUUCAGUUUAUUUACUUACUUAACUUAGAUGCUGCUAAGCCAUUAAAAUUUGGCAUAUAUUUUCUAAAAUGCUGCAGACAAAUAUUUUUUUUAAUAAGCAGCUUUUUUAAAGCUGUUUAUUUAUAGUGUUGCUCAUAAAUUCUUACUAUUUGACCGCUAACUAAACAACAACUUUGAUGUUGCAGGAAAUAGAAUAACUGUGCCAACAGCAAGAUCAGAUGAAGCAGUUCUCAAAGGGCAACACCUCAAAGAAAAUGGGAAUCUCAUUCUUAGUGGUGCAACUAAGAAAUGCCAUGUAAGAAUCUGGAUGUGAUCUUUUUAGACUAAAAAUAUGAUAGCGAUUUUUUUUUUAAAUUAGGAAAAAAUUUAAUGUGUUUACUUUAUACCAUGUAUACUCCUAGAAUUAAGGCAGAUGAAAUAUUUCCAUUAAGGGAUUCAGAAAAAUGAAAAUUAUCAAGACAGAAAAAAGAGAAGCUUGUGGAUCUAUUGUCCAAAACUGCAAUGCAAACUCAUUUCUUCACUCAAGUUCCACAUGUUACAUCAAUGCCCAUGCAAACAUAAGCCUCAUCAUCAGAAAUGGACAUAGCCUCUUCCAUCCAAUUAAAAUCCUCAGUGUCACAAGCACAAGCUGAUUCAUCAACUACAUCUUCGCCUUCAGAUCUCAUCUUGCCAUUACAUUCUCCUCCUGAUACCUUGAAUGCCAAUGUUGAGAGUGGAAAUUACUGCUAAAACGGAAAUGAUCCAGUCUUCAAAAUAUGAAAUAAAUUUAGGGAAAUAUCCAAGGUUGUGGCUUCAUUUUUUCUGCUGAUGGUGUAGCUUAUAAGAUUGCUGGUGGUCCCAAAAAAAACCGUCAAAAUACCAAUGCCGGGCCAUUUGACAAGUCUUACCAUCAUUUCAGUAGUGUCAAACCUGAUGGAUAAUGCUUACAAAAACUUUUCACUGGAACAAUUGCAGAUGGUGAGGGUUUCAAGAGAUAGUGGUUAUUGUAUUUACCACCAUCAGGAUCAGUUUACUGUUUAGUUAUUAGUAUGUAAACUUUCAUAACAUAAAAUAAAAAACUUAACAUUUUGUAAUGAAAGAAGGAUUCAGUAACGUGAAAUAUUAAUCAUAAUUGAUAUUCAUGAAAAUAACAGUACAGUUGGAAAAACAAAUUCAGGACGAGUUUGAUUACUGGGAAUAUGUUUUGAAGCAUGUCAUAGCUGUUAUCUGUACUACAUAUGAAUGUGGCUUUACCUUUUCAAGGAACGGAAGAAAGGUUUGGAUGACUGCAGAAUGGAAACUUUUUAGGGCUAUUGCUCAGUUUGAUCCAUUUUUAGUGGGUAAGAUUUUCAAUACUGGAAUUUCUGACAAAGCAAAUCCUUUAUGAUAACCUUGUUAUCAUGUCUGGGCAUUACAAGGGGAUGCAGCAAAAAAUUAUUGAAACAAAAUAAUUUGCUAUUUACCCGUGCAGUCCAAUAAAUAAAUCGAACUGGCCGGUAUUGAUGCUGACCGCUGGUCAAGAGGCAGCUAAAAUUAAAUUCUUCUCAAUAGUGUAGUUGCUGCACAAUUUAUUCAGCAUCUACCAGCCGGUGGCCCAAUCCUUAAAAUUUGUAUUGGAAACAAAAGUGUUUUAAAAUCCCUCUCUGACACUAGAUGGGUGGCACUUGCUAUGCCUACAUCAGCAAUAUUGAAGUCUAAUUCUAACAUUUUAGAAGCACUUGAUGUAUAGCUGAAGACCACUUGAUUGUAUAGCUGAAGACCAGUAUAAAAAUGGAGAUACUAGAAGAGAAGCACAUAAUACAAGAAUUAGAAUUUGUCUUCAUGUUGAAUUUUUGAAAUGACAUUUUACAUUUUCAUAAAAUAAGACAGUUUCUCCAGCAGAAUGAGGAUGUGAACUUAGAAACAUGUGCAGAUCACUAUGACUAUGAAUCAUUAGGUGGUCAACUGUGUACUGUUUGAGAUUAUUUAAAAAAAAUAUGAAGCAGCUACCAGAUGUGGCUUACAAGUUCACUCUGAAAUUUAACAAAGAAAGUACCACAAAUUCAUCUAAUUGUGAGAGAAAAAUUUCACAUAGAUACCUUUUACUUUUAUACAAUUACUGAUACUCUACAAACUGAGAUAAGAAAUAGAUGAUUGAUAUAUAAAGUAAUAGCAGAGAGAUUUUCAUUUUCCUUACUAAAUGAUGUGCCAUUGACUAAUGACCUCAUCAUCAUCUGAAAGUGACAGGCAUUGUCUUGGUUUCAAAACUUAUUAAUGAAUGCUUACCCAGAGGACUUAAACAAUAUUUUUUUCAUCUGAGCUUCAGCAGUUUCAUUCACAUGUGUAGCAAAAGUUCAGUGCAGCAAAUAAUGUAAAAGCAAAAUUCACACAUGCAGAAGUUUUUAAAAUAAUAGUAGUAGUAUUAGAAGACAAUAUUGAGUGCUUCUCUCCAAAUUUUGAUAAUAGAUUCCACGCAAAAUUUUAACAUUAAUGAUAGAAAUGGAACAACUGUGCAACAAGGCAGGCUGCACUCCAUGCUUUUGCUUUACUGAGUAUAGAAGUAGAAGCAGAUGUGGUUAGAAAAAUCAGCUUUUGAUGUCGUCAUAAAAUUAAAAGACUAAGCAACUAGAAAUGUAGUAGAAAAUCUGUUUAUACAAAAUAAUGUUAACACAAAUUAAACAUUAUAUUCCAUCUUAGUUGUAAUUUAUGUUUAUCUCAAUAACUUUUUAUUUUACGGGUUCAUAUUUUUUAAUAUUUUUAAUUCAAUUUAAAUAUAAUUGGGCACCAAAAUAACCAUUUUAAAGAGCAUAGGAGACUCAAGGGAGUUAAUCUGGCCCUGCAUGGGUGGUUGUGUUAUCUUACUUAGGUUAGGGUUAAUAGUAGUUAAUCUCCUCAAUAAUUUUUGCCUUGUUGUGCCCAGCAAGAGUGUGGUCUAUUUGACAUGAAAUUAAUUUUAAACAUGGAUUAGGUCUAUAUUUAUCUAUUGAUAGCAACAAGAAUAGUGCAGUGUUGCAACAAGAAUUGUGCAGUGUUAUAAUCAUAGUCAUUUAUAUUUCGUUUUUGUCCAUUACACACUCCAUACAUUUUAAAUAAUAAUUAAGAGGUUAUACUGCAUUUUCUGUAAAUAAGAUUCAUAAUUUUUUUUUUAAUACCAUAGUCAUGAAUUUUUAAAAUUAAUUAUUUCAUUUAAUUUUUGUUAAUAAAAUGCACCACUGUCAAAACAUAAGGGUUGGGUGUAUUUUGUGUUUUUAACUUUACAUUACUGAGAUAUUGUGAUUUUGUUCUAGAUUGUUGAACCGGCUGCAAUUAAAAUGGAUGCCCCUGAAGAUCAGCGGCCAGUAGGUUAUACCUGUGUACCUGCUGGAGGACCAGGUCGUGGCUCUCCAACAUGUGUGCAGCCCUGCAUACAAGAAGAGACAACCCAUUAUGAUGACAACCAACCUCGUGUUAUUUCAAGAAGGGAAAGCAGAGAGACGUUAAAAUGGCCAAGGGUAGGUAUAGAAAGGCAGAUAUUGACUAUGUUAUCUAAUAUAAAACGUCUCAUUUUACAACAAAAGCUGAUAAUUUUAUUACUGGUAUUUUGAAUUUAAUAUUAUUUACCGGUACAGUUUUUUUAAUUUGCUGCUUGAAGUUUGCAGUGCUUUUUUCCUUAAAUUUUGUUUUUAUUGAUUUUAAGUCAGAUUCUGAAAACUUGAAAAAGGUAUUAUAGUAUUUUAUAGUACAUCUUUCCAACACAAUUAAUUAAAUCUCCCAAAGCAAAUGUUUUACAACACAUAUGCAUUGUCUUGACUCAUUCACAUAAAACUUUCCUUUCCAUUUUUUUUUAGGCCAGAAGUCCACAAUGCAAAUCACCCAUUGGCUAUGCAACAAAUCCUCCAACUGUAACACCAAUGUGUGUAGCAGAUGUAGAUGUCGUAACACAGUGAAAUUUAACAACCACCAUCAUGAAAAGAAUUUAUAUCUAGUAGUAGUAGUAUAGCCUAUUGAAAUUAAAUUUAAAAAGCUUUCACUGACUUUCAGUGCAUAAAAUUCUAGAAACUGUUCACAGCACAUGACCAAAGGAAAAAGAAAGGAAUUCUAAACACAAUACUUGGAGGAUUAUUUGAAGUCUUACUUUCAUAUAAUAUUAAUCUUACUUUAUAAAGAGCACAGUUUCAGAAAGUAAGAAUCUCUGAAUGUUUGGGUAAAAACCUGUCUGUUAAGCAUUAUAAUUUUUUUAAUCUUAGAGUUAAAAGAGAAUGAGAUUUUGGGCGUUGCAGUAACUAGCAAUUUUUUUUCCCACACUCUAAAAUACAAUAGUGAACAUCAGAUUAAGUGUAAAUUUUAAGUAGAUAUUAACAAUUUUCAUUGCUGGAUUUAGCAACAUUCAGACAUUGAAUGAAUGCCUGUUUUUUUUUUAAAUAUUAUUAUUUAUUCUCAAUUAUACAUUGAAUUUUUUUGUUAAAACCAAAAACAAUUAAAUUCAACUAAAAUUUUGGAAAUACUUUCAUUUUUUUAAAUACAGAUAAAUUUCAGUUUUAUUUCUUUUAGAAGGUCUAUAUAUAUGCAGAUUAUCAACUAUUAUUAUCAUUAUAGUAUUAGCAAACUUUGUGUGUCAAAUCAUGACCAGGUGUAUGCUAAAACUAAAACAAGCUGAGUAUUUCUCCUUUAUUUAAAAAAAAAAAAAAAAAAAAAACUUUUAAAAAAAAAAAAUAAAAAAAAAAAGAUUAUCAACUAUUAUUAUCAUUAUAGUAUUAGCAAACUUUGUGUGUCAAAACAUGACCAGGUGUAUGCUAAAACUAAAAAAAACUGAGUAUUUUUCCUUUAUUUAAAAAAAAAAAAAAAAAAAAAAACUUUUAACAAAAGUUUAUAACUGAAAUUGUUAUAACCUAUAGAUAAUUUGUAAAAUAACACAUAAUCCAUCAUUGCUACGUAUUAUAUACCAGUACCGUGUAAAUAACAGAAUGAAUAUAAAAUGUAUACAUCAUUCAAAAAGCUAUCUUAUUUUCAAUGGAAUGAAAGAUAAUGUUGAAUUAUGUGGGAAGAAGAGAAAAGGUUGACAUUUCUCAUUAUCAAAUAACAGACUACAUGUAAUUAAUAAGAGAAUUAAUCAUUUGUUG